AUGUUGUUCCGUGCGCCACGCAGACCGUGCUGGGAAGUUGUAGAUCACAAGGAGGUCAAACCCACACCUGCGUACUAUGAUCAAGAAGAUCUCCAGAUACUCAAGAUCCACGACUCGGAUAUUGCAGGCCAAUAUGAAUUCGAGAUGAGAUCCGACUUUAGGUGUCGCCAGGCAUUGGAAGCAGCGAGACUGGAGCUCCUACACCAGAUAAAGAAGGACCAUUGCAACGUGCUGCUCGUCGAGGGGUGGAAACUUACCAAACUCCGACGCGGCCGAGAGAUGCGUAUUAGGGUACACUACCAUGGACGCCCUGCGCGAGCAGCGGGCAACGUAAGACAUCGGUAUCCUCCUUUUAUGGAGGUCCUCGAAUUCAAUUAG